AUGGACAUAGAAAAUAAUGAUUCAUUCAGCGAUGUAAGUGCUGGAAAUUUAGAUUUAGAAUAGAUCUUAUAGUCUUCAGACGAUGAUGAUGAUUUGCAGGAAGAAAUUUUAGCUACACCUUCAAGCAAAUAAAUAGAUGAGCAAUAAAAAAAAGAAUUAGCUUAAGAUAAUUAGCAAAAAGUAUUCUCAUAACUUAUUGAAGCUUAAAAAGAUUAGCAAAAUGAUAAAAUAUUGACUGGUAAGGAAGAAUAUUAAGAUAUACUGAGGAGAAAGAGAAAGUAGAGAGAAGAAGAGGAAGCUCUUAUUUAAGCAGAAAAAGAAAUGAAAGAGAAUAAGCUAAAUGCCAUAAACCCACUUGAUCUAAUAGAUUAAGAAUAAGGAUAAAUAAUGAAUAAUGAUAACUAACUCUUUUAAAAUUUUGAAAAAGAAUUAAUCAUUUCUAGAGCAAAGUUACCAGAUGAUUAUAAUAUGGAGUAUAAUAGUUUAGAGUCUAUUUCAUCUUACCUCUACCCAUAAAUUGGAGUUGAGUAAGAAUUUAGGAAUAAUAAAAAUUAUGGAUUGCCUAAAGCAAUUUGCAUUUUGCCAAAUAAACUAAUAAUUAUUGGAACAUCAUAUGGAAUGGUAGUAAUGUUUGAUAUUAACUCAUACAAAAUUACUUAAGUCAUAGGAACAUUUGAUGAUUACAGAAAAUAUGGAAGUGUGUCAAGUAUAGAUGUAAAUAAAGAAGGUGAUGCUAUUCUUAUUGGGUUCGAAAAAGGAACAAUAUCUCUUUACGAAACAUUUUCAGGAAAAUGCAUAAAGCAGAUCUUAGGUGUGCAUGAAAAUACUAUAUUAGUUGCUAAGUAUUGGAAAGGCAGAGAAAGAUUUAUUUCAAGUGAUCUUGCUGGCAACAUAUUUCUAUUUAAGGUUGAGUGGAAAUGGUUGGACUACACAUUUGACAGAUAACGUUUAUUGAAUAAAGCAGAAUCACCUUCUUAAAUUAUUUAUAAUAUAGAAAUUCUUCAAGAAAAGCAUUGCUAUAAUUCAGAAUUAUCUCGCAUAAAUUCAACUAUAGUAGCCUUGUGCACCGCAACUUCUGUUGUAAUAAUUUGUCUAGAACCUGUUGUUAAAAAGCUAUACGAGAUAGAAAGACCGAAUCUUUUGUAGCCUGCAUUGCCAUGUGUAACUUGGGGUAAAGGAAGAGCGCCAUAUCAAACUAUGGAUAACAUGGAUUUUCCUAUUCUCGCAGUAGGUUGGGGACCACUAGUAUAGCUGUACUAAAUGAACAAAAUGAUAAUUAUGCAAAUAACAUCUUAAUAAAAUGUAAUAAGUGAAGGUUUUGAUAUAGUAGGUCACUUAGUAAUAGACCAUUCAAUCUUUUAUAUGUAAUGGAUAAGUUUUAGCAUGAUUUAUUUACUGAAUAGCAGAAAUGAGCUUAAAAUCAUAUAUACAGGUGAAACUGUAGGUGGCGCUUAUCAGGGUGACUUAUCUACUACUGAUAAUCUCUCUAUGAAUAGCACUUCUGAGUUGAAGCUCCCAUCAAAUUCUAAUAUCGGUUCAUCAAAUACCUUAACUCCUACCCAUCAUAAACACUAAAAGAAUUACGUGAAGCAUAAUUAUAUAAUAGAAUAGGAAAUCAAUUUUAUGUUUCUCAUUAAAGAUUAGUAAAAUAAGUUAAAAAGAACGUUUAACAAUUCAAUAGUUGUUUCUAAUUCUGAUGUUUUCAUCUUAACUUCCAAAAAUAUUAUCAGAGGUCACUUCUUUGAGUGGAAGGAGUGCAUAUUUAAGUAUAUUAAAAAGAAAGAUUGGACUAUUGCUUUGAAAAUAGCUAUGAUGCUCCAACACGGUAGUCUGCAAUCGUUUGCUAAGUUGCCAGAUAAAAUUGAUUCUGUUUAGAAAAAGGAUUUUAAUGAAACUUGUGAGAAACUCUUCUUAUCUUAUUUGGAGAAAGAGAAAAAUCGUAUAGAAAAUUAUGUACCAAAUUCUGAUAAAUAGGAAGAAACUUGGAGAUUUUCUAAGAUCUGCUUUGAGUACCUAAUAGAGACACGCGACUUCGAGACUCUAUUUAAAGACGCCAGAAGAUGUAUUAUGGAAUUAGACUCAAAUGAAGCUUUUCAUGCGUUGUUAGAACCUUUCAUUUUAAAGCAUAAAAUAAAAAGGAUACCUAAAGAAUACUUCAAUUUUGCUCUUAAAUUCUUCUUAGAGAAAAAGAAAUUUAAUGUUGUUUAAAUUAUGAUCGUAAAUUUAGAUUUAAGUUCUAUAGAUUAAUAUGAAACUCUUAAAUAGUGUGUUGAGUAUUAACUUUUUACUCCACUUAUAUACAUUUCAACUCGCAAGGAUAAUGAUUUCAUUUCUUCUCUUGAAAAAAUGUACAAUGAAUACCAGACAGCUGUGCGUGAGUAAAAUGUAAAAAAGAGUAGUGAAAAAUAUGUUUAUCGUUGUCUCUGGUUUAUUCGUCUUACUUUGCAGUAAAAAUUGUACCCAAAUGAUUAAAUUGAAGAAAAUAAAUUCCCUAGUGCUCUUAGAACAGUCGUAUCAUGGUUUUUCUCUGAUUAAGUCAUAACUGAUUUUGCAAAAGUUGAUUCUAAUGUAUAUUUUGAGGUUGUUUAUCUUCUAUUUGUAGGUAAACCUGCAAAUAUCCUUCGUGAAAAAGACUAAUUACUCUUUAAGUAUUUUCUUUAUGACUCUGAAUAGAAAGACUAAAACGUCAUUUAAUAUCCAAACUUUGUGCAUGAGCAAAUGAUAAAAAAGAUUUAUAAGAUAUUGAAACCUUUGAUUUAGAAAAAUGAAAAGAUCAAAAAAGAUUUUUAUUAUUUUGUAGGAAGAGUUGCUCAUUUUAUAGAUAUUCCAAUCGAUUUAGCAAUAUGCAAAGACAGUGCAGAAUUUCUCCUUUAAGAUAACAGCUUCGUCUAAACUGAAAAAGAAAUUUAAAUUAAAUAAUCAAAUAUACUUGCAUUAGUAAAAAGAAUGAGGAAAUAAAAACUUUUACUCGAAGGUUUGAUUGAACUCAUCUCUGAGAUUGAUAAAUAAAGUGAUACAAUGAUAAAUACUGUUUAAUAAUAGUACGAUGAUAAAGCUAAGCUAUUGAAAUAAUAAAAUGAUCCAGACUAUGAAAAAAAGGUGUAAUAAAUGGUAGAUGAAUUUCUUGCAAUUUAAAAGAAAAGAUACGCUUAAGAAAAAGUUGAUCUUGAAAUUUUUGCUUAUUGUUAAUAUUUAGUAGGAGACUUGAAUUAAGCAUUUAAUUAAUACCAAAUAAUGAUGGUAAAAAGCUCUUUGAGAGUUAAUCGUUACAAAAUAUUCACUUGGCUUAACGAAGCUUUCAAAAGUGAUGAACUUUCAGAAUAGUAAAAAGAAAUACUCAAAGGUUAUGUAAUUGAAAAUAUAAAAUCUAUGAUUCUAACAAGUACAAGAUAUACUAAAAAUAUUGUACACAAUUUCAUGAAAGAGAAAGAAGACAAAAUAUUUGAAUGUUUACUAACUGAGUAAACUUUACUUCUAGAUUAUUUAGAAUGCAUUAUGGAAGAUAGAAAAAAAGCUUUGGCUUCACCAUCACCUACCCCUUCUACACCAUAAUCUUAAUUAGCUUAGUAAUCUUAAAAUUUUAAUUCAGGUGUUUAAAAUUAAAAAGAUGCUUAGCAAGCUAUUUAACCUAUUAAUGAGGAAACCCUAACAUUAUAUAUUGCUCUUUUGUGUAAAGUUGACCCUUCUAGAGUAGUUUAGGAGCUUAAAACUAACUUUUAUCCUUUAGAAAAAAUAAAUAUAGUCUGUAGGUUAAAUCAUGCUUACGAUGCUGUUGCUUAUCUUUGUGAAAAAUAAGGUAACUUUUAAGAAGCUAUUCAACUCUAUUCAAGAAUUUUCCUUGAAGAAUGCACAAAAACAUUUUAGCGUAUUUCUAAAGGUAGAUUUAGCUAACAGGAGAAAAGCAACAGUAACCAAAAUGACACUCCUUCGAAGUAGUCAAGCCUUCUUAACUAUGCAGCUACUACGAGUAUAACUUAACUUUAGCAUGUUUUGGGCAUUAAAUUUUAAUAGCUUAUAGAUUCUUGCAUUUCUUAUAGUAAAUCUCAGUCAAAUAAUUAAGAAAUAUGGGUCAAUAUGGCUAACGAUAUACUUAGCUGUAAAGAAGCUCCUUCUGAAGGUAAAAGAUUAUGGUAAGAUAUAGCAAAUUACAUCAAUUAAAAGAAAGAAUCAUAUGAGGUAGUAAACAAAAUUUUUUCAAAUAUUAUAGCUAAACUCUUCAUAGAAAUAUCUAACUACGUUUCAAUUUAAGGAAUAAUAAAACUUGUCUAGGAUUAUUAAAGCUAAUUUUCUUUCUAAUCAAUUAAAGAUAGCUUUUGCUAAAUCUUAACAACUUUAUCUGAAGAAAUAGUUUUUCUUCAAGAAGGAAAAGAAGUACUUCUUUAAGAUGUUAUAUAAUAAAAUUUAAAUUUCAUUCAAAAGACAACUUAAGGUAAUAGCUACGAUGUUAUUUGUAGCCAUCCUUAAUGCCAAAAUCAUAUAAAGAAUUUCAGUUCAGAUAUAGUUGUGUUUACUUGUAAACAUGUAUAUCACUAACGUUGUUUAGAUAUCUACGAUUCAUUUAAUCAUCAUAAAAAAAGAAAAAACACAUAAAAUUUACAAGCAGGUGCCUAAAAUCCAUAGCCUCAAAAUAAAGUUUAUCUAUGUACCAAAUGUAUGAAAUAAGAAUUUCCAUAUCUUCAAUAAUUAGAAUAAGAACAAAAAUAAGUUUCUCAAAAAUUGCAAAAUAAUAACACAAACAACAGCACUAUUAAUAAUACAGAGCAAGAUCUAAAUUCUUAAAUAAAUAACUUAAAUUUAAAUAGAGAAGCUGGGUAUAGUUCUAGCUAAUAUUAAGAAAGCUAAAAAGACUCUCAAUCUGUUAUAACUGAUAGAAGUAAUAAAAUGGACAUUAAAGAUAUCAUAAGAAAAUAUAGAGAAGAUUAGUAAAAACGCUUAAAAGUAUUUGACAAAUUUAUAUAAUAAGAUAUGGAUAAUUUUGAAUAAAUAAGAAGACAGUAUGAAAAUUAUUAUUGA